AUGGUAGUUGAAUUGGAUCCAGAUAUAAAUAUAGCUCUGUCACGUGUUCGACAAUCACUUAUAGAUAACAAAGCGUCUAGACAAGGUGAUUCUCAGCCAAAAAGAAGGCAAUUAACAUGGUUUACAAAAAGAAACCUCGGUCACGACGCGGAGUCAUUUGCUAGGAAUUACAAUGCCAGACAGAUUAUCCUAGAACCCGUUCAACAAUAUGCAAACAUUUUAAAGAAUAAGUUUGCUAACAAUUCUAGAAUCACUGUAUUGAACAUUGGACUCGGAGAAAAGACUGCUACGGUAAAUAUUGACGUCAAGGGAGAAGCAACAAAUGUUUUAGAAAAAGGUGGAAACACUACCGUGAAGCUAAUACGCUCAAUUGAUUUCUUUACAAACAUUGGCGUCGGGUCUUUUGACAUUGACCUUCUUACGAUGGAUUGUGAAGGUUGUGAACUGCAAGUCUUAGAAAGUCUUCUAGAAAACAAUAUGAUAAACUAUUUCAAAAAUAUUCAAUUUGAAUCCCAUAGUCACGUGAUGGGGUUCAAACGUAACGAUUGGCAAAGACGCUACUGUGUAAUACAGGAGUACAUGUCACGCUCACACAGGUUGACAUUUCAAUACAAGCACGUGUGGGAAAACUGGAGACGAUUAGAUUUAAAAUGAAAGACAAUAUGGCAAUAUUUCAAAGAACGUUUGAUAAAUUGUCCUAGUUUGUUAGUUUGAGUAAAAU